AUGGUGGUGGAUCGGAGUAUAGUUUUUGUGACAGUGAUGAUGAAGAUUGGACUGGUGUUCAUGAAGAAGUCGAGAAUUUGGGAGAUCAUAAUGUUCAAAACAUUGGCUUGGAAAAUGAAAUUCCAGAUACCAUUUAUUGGUAUUGAUGGGUGUUUUUUAAAGGGGCCAUUUAGGGGUAUGUUGAUGAGUGCAGUAAGACUUGAUGGAAAUAAUGGAUUUUAUCCAUUUACAGUAGCUGUAGUUGAGUCUGAAACUAACGACAGUUGGAAAUGGUUUCUGGAUCACUUGCAUAAAUUCUUAGGUGAUACAGCAACUAAUAUGCCAUGGACUUUUAUGUCAGAUGGCCAAAAAGGCAUUUUAACUGCUCUCUCUGCAAUUUUUGCACAGGCAAUAACUAGGAGAUGCUGCAAGCACAUAUAUGCUAACUUUAGGACACGAUGGCCUGGUGUGAAGUACAAGAAACUAUUUUGGGAAGCUAUAAAUGCAUAUAAUGAAGAAGAUUUCAAAAUUGCAAUGAGGCAGAUUGAGUCAAUUAGUCAGGAUGCCUCAAAUUGGUUGAUGGAGCAUCCUUUGGAGACAUGGACAAGACACAAAUUUGAUGAUAGGGUGAAGUGUGACUAUGUCACCAAUAAUCAUGUGGAGUCAUUUAAUUCUUGGCUUGGGAAUGUUAGAGCAAAACCAAUCACUGCUGUUUUUGAAUGUAUAAGAACAAAACUGAUGUCCAAAUUCAACAAAAGGUUUCAAAGGACAACAGAUUGGACAACCAUAGUAGUGCCAAAAAUUAAGAGAAGACUGAACUCCAAUAUAUCCAAAGUUGGUACAUGUGAAUUGACAUGGCCCGCUGAAGUUGUGUAUGAGGUAACUGAUAAUGCAAAACAGAAGAGUUAUAUUGUUAUGCUUGGGGAGAGGACUUGUUGUUGUAGGGAAUGGCAAGUGAGUGGAGUUCCUUGUAUGCAUGCAUGUGCAGCCAUUACUACCACAAGGGUAGAUAUUGAGAAGUUAUGUUCAGAUUUCUACAACAAGGAUACAUAUACAAAGACUUACACUCCUUUCAUCCACCCCAUGCGUCAUGAAAGUAUGUGGACUGAGGUUGAAAAACCUGAAUUGGAUCCACUAGAGUUCAAAAGACCCUGUGGCAGACCAAGAAUGUCAAGGAAGAGGGAGGAUGGUGAAGCAGAAGCAAGGAAAAGGUCAACUGUUGUGCAGUGCAGUGUAUGUGGACAUUUUGGACACAACAAAAGGGGAUGUCAAAAGCUCCUACUGCAAAAGAGGCUUCAGGUAGGGCAGCAGCAACAAAAGCAACUCAAGGCAAAUCAACACAAGGCUCUUAGGCUUCAUGUUGCACCAGGAAGUAGGACCUAUAAACACCAUUGA